AAACUUGUCAUCUGAAUUAUUGUGGUCAAAAGUGCUGUUCCCUGUAGACUAAUGUUAAAACCAUAUAAAGUCAGAAGGGCUGAAAUUUGAUGGUAUAUUUUAUACAGCUUCAACCAUGUAUUAAUCUAAUGAUGCAGACAUGCUUACUCGCUUAAUACGCAUCCAAGAGAAGCACUCAAAUUAUUCCUUUAAGUGUGGACAGAGAGGUGUGAUUUUUCGGUGUAUUAGCUAUUUUAAAGAGUUACCGCGACCACGACGUCGAUCAGACAAUGCUUCCUCAUUACAAACAAGUUUGGGCGAAAGCGCUUUCCGUAGAUUUCAGUGUAUCCAAGCAACGACGUCAACUCAUACGAACAAACAAAAAGGGUCUUUGAAAAAGUAAGCUUCGCUUUACAUUCAUAUGACACACGAUGGAUGAGACGCCAGUCCAACAGAUGCCCCAUCCUCACAUUUAUGUGGAAAGGACCUUGGCAUUGAUCAAGCCAGACGUCAUUGACAAAGCAGACGAAAUCGAGGAUAUCAUUCUCCGAUCGGGAUUUACCAUCCUGCAGAAACGGAAACUACAAUUGAGUCCAGAGCAGUGCAGUGACUUCUACGCAGAGCAGUAUGGCAAACUAUUCUUCCCCAGCCUGACCGCGUUCAUGAGCUCUGGACCAAUCAUGGCCCUAGUACUAGCCCGGGACAACUGCAUCGCAUCCUGGAAGGCCCUCAUUGGACCUGCUAACGUCUCCAAGGCCAGAGAGACGCACCCUUACUGCCUCCGAGCUAAAUAUGGAACUUCUGACCUGCGGAACGCCGUGCACGGAAGCGACAGUUUCUCGGCGAUGGAGAGGGAGAUAAAAUUCCUGUUUCCCACCUCUGUGAUUGAGCCCGUUCCUAAGGGCGAAAUUGCCAAAGACUACCUGAGCAGGUUUGUCAACCCCACGCUGCUCACCGGCCUGACAGAGCUCUGCAAAUGGAAGCCAGAAGACCCUUUUAGCUGGCUGGCAGACUGGCUGAUAGAGAAUAACCCCAACAAGCCUAGAGUACGUGAUGUUCGAUCUACGGAAGACACCGACUAGGCUGGAAAAACCGUAAAAAGCCCACGGGAAGUGAGCGAAGAAAGGAUUCAGUUUUUAAUUAUAAUUAUUAUGGUCUCCCAAUAACCUAAUAAAAUAUAUUUUUGAAA